AUGAACUGGCGCCGGGUCAUUCGGCCCUUCAAGGACCCCUCGCGCAACAAGUGGGCCGUCACCGCGGACGAGGUGCCCUGGUCUGACUUUCCGCCCUACUUCUGGGGCGUCUCCUAUUUUGUCGGCAUGGAUGUCAUCUCGGACCUGGUGGUGGCCACAGCCUACACGCGAUUCCUCUGGGUGGAUGACUCCUUCCUGGGCUUCGCAAUCGCGAAACUACCUUACACUUUUGACCCCAUGAAGGGUUUCUACAUGGAGUUUGCUAACCACAAAAAGGCCCUCGUCUCUCACGAGCCAAUCACAUUCACACUCAAGAUGAUAAUGGAUAAUCUAAAUCAGUUGAAAAAUGCCCUGAAUAUUUAA